UGCAAGUCGAUUUCCUUCAUACAUUCAAGACAUGGAAAAAACAUAACGCUUGUUCUGAAAAGUGAAGAGGUUUUUACUAACUAAAUUCAGGGAAAUAUAAGAUCAGAAACUUGUUAUUUUAGAAUAUUUGUUCCUUUCUCCUCCUCCUCCUCGUAAUAAAAUAAAUUUCCAUCCGAUGGGGUCCUUGAGCUUCCUCCUUGUCGUCGUGAUGGGGAUGGUCGUCGUGGCGUUGGGAAGUCCUCUCUCGAGAUAUGGCGAGGUGGAAGAAGACGGGAGCCUAGGCGAGGACGGGUACUACAACGACGGCCCUGAAGUCAUAUCCCCCCAGUCCGAGGAGGAACCAGCCCGACGACCCCCACGACCCUCACGACCCCUUCCGCUUAAAACGGUUCGAAGGUCGGAACCCACCCUGUCGCCGCAUCAAGAGGAGGAGAAAUUCCAACAGUGUCAAAUGAACCUCUUGUGGCAUCUCCAAGAAGCCUGCACCGACCCCAAAUACACCCAGCUGCGAGUAAUGAUCCGCCACCGAAUGGCCAGGAUGCAGCUCAUAUCGGCCAAAAAUGGUGGGGAUGGAGGAGCCAGCAGUCAGAAUCCCUUCCCCUCCUGGCCUCGCAGUGAAAAUGUGGUGGACGCCUGUUGCAAGAAGCAGUGUGGGAUCGAGCAGCUCCUCAUGUUCUGUCCGACCAGCGUGACCACGACGAUGGCGCCCACGACUCCGCCCCCAACGACGACGACGCCUCCGACGUCACCCACCCCACCACCAUCUCCUCCCGAGCAGUUGGAGCAACAGACCUCCGAAAAAAGGCAGUCGUCAUUUUUACCCUUCCUCGUCAGUUUAUUGGCUUUGGGCCUUCCUAAAAAAUCCAAGGAACGCCACCACCCAUUGCAGCAUCAGGACGGUCGGAUUUUCGGUGCGGGUCGCAACCACCACCGCAACCCGCUCGCUCAGAGGGAGGAGUGGCAAGUGGACAUAAUUGUGAGGCCGGAGCAGCAGGACAGAUAUCCGUCCGGUGACGGGAGCAACGUGAAGCCGAAAUUCGGAACUCCGUCGUACGCCCGGGGUGGGAGUGGGGCCGAGCAGCCAGAGUCUCGCAGACAUCGCCCCACGAAUCUCUUUGUUGUCGACGAAACUCCCGUGGCGGACGAGCGUGUUUCCUUCGAAAUUGGGACUGGCGGAGGUACGCGGGAUGAUCUCAAGUACUGAGGAGGUUCAUGAGACAUUAGAUACUUUAACCCUGUCGAAUUGUUGCGAAAUAUUUUCUAGUCUGUCGCAAAAUGUAUUCAUCCAAUACUAAAUUAUCAAGUCCACGAGCUAGUAUCUGUAGAGGGCAGUCUUAUCUCGUCAAUAUGCAGAUUUAUAAUCCAGACUAUAAUUUUAUAUAGCGAGCACUAAAUAUGCUGCAGUAGUUACCCAGAAGAAAAUAGGCAACGUAUCGUGUACCUGACGACAUGCUGAUGAGAAAGUAUACGUUUAAAUAUGUUGUGUUUUUCUGACCAGAAAUAUUUUUUACAAGAACCCCAACUUUGGGGAUGAGCUCUAUAUUUUUAUGGAAACCCCGUAUUUUUUAUAUACUUAAGACUUACCGUUAAGAAUUAGGAUCAGAAAUUAGUGAACAAUAUUACAGUCAAUCAAACUUGUCGUCCCGUAUCUGACUCAAGCUCAAAAAAGUUUGUUCAGAAAAAAUACGAUGUUUCAUUGCGGUAUGUUUCAGCAUAUGUCCGUGUAUUUAUUAACUAAGCAAAAAUUUAAAUUGUAUAAAAAUAAAGCGAAUUUAAUUUUGAUGUGCA